CAAAAAUGGCAACACUGACCGUUGGUUUGUUUUGAAAAUUGGUUUGAAAUGAGAUUUAAAAAAUAAUAACGACUGUCUUAGCAUCGUAGCCAGAAUAAUAGUUUAAAUAAUCCAAUUUGUGAGGCCUUUUACAGUAUUAUCACAUGAAAGAAGAAAAAUUGUGCAUUAUUUUACAAAAUGAGUCACUUUGAAUUUUCAAUACCCUUGCAAAAGGACGAAUUAUUGGAAUCUCACGCUGGACAGUAUCAUGUCGAAGAUGUAGUACAACCGCGUUUGUUAUUGUCUAAAUUACAAGAUGCUGCUCGCGCGUUCAACUCUGAAGGUGUUGAGUACAUUUUGGAGCAUUUUGACACUUAUUUUUCUAUCAUUGUACAUGGAAACAAAUUGGAAUGGAAUAUUAUAAACAAAGGAUUUGACCAUGUCAUGAGGGCUGCCAAAAAUCUUUGCAACCACCUCGAACUGAUACUUCAAGAUAAGGAAAUUGACAAUGAUGUAAGGAUCAAAAAUGUGAAUAUAUUAAAAAUGAUAAUGUAUUUAUUCACUCAAAUAAUGAAGGCAAAGGAUAUUAAAUUAACUGCAGAACAAUCAACAAAAUUGACCCUAGGCAAAAAAGGGAAGAAGACAACAGAUGAUGAAGAUAUAUCAGGAUGGUCAGAGUCUGAAAAGCAGGCAGCAUUGGUAGCAUUGCAUAUGAUUGCACUACAACCACUCCACAAGUUGUGGGACCCUCCCCUGGCAGAAGAUAAUUUUGUGUCCAUGAUAGCAGAUCCAUGUUACAAAGCACUUGAAGAACAAAUAAUAAAGAACAAGACAGUCAGAGAAACUGUGUUUCAAGUGUUGGGAGUUUUGAUAAAAAAGUACAACCAUGGGACUGCCUGUGUCAUAAAACUAGUACAGAUACUUCAAAUGACAGAACAUGCUGUAUCACCAAUAUGUGCCGGAGUGGUCCAACUCACCAAAGACUUUGGACUUGGAACGUUUGGCCCACAAAUGGUGCGCGAGAUUGCCGAAGCAUUAGCAUCUACAGAUGAAGAAAAUGCAGUUGCUGGUGCUGAACAAGGUGCUGCCAGAAAUUGUGGUGCAUUUCUACUUGAACUUACCAAAGAAUUGCCUAAAGAAAUGACAGGGGCUAUAGCUACCCUUCAGUCUUACUUGGAAAGUGAUGAGUCGUACACUCUACGCAUCAGUGUGCUCGGAAUGAUGUGUGAAGUAUUGAGUGUAGAGCUUAGCGGAGAAGGAUUGUCGGAUGAGCAACGCGCAAAACGAGAUGAUUUCUUGGACGACUUGUACGAGCACAUACAUGAUCUUUCUGCUUAUGUGCGGCAAAAGGUCCUUCAGUUUUGGUGCAGACUGCAACGUGAUAACUGCGUGCCAGUAACACGACAACGCGUAGUGCUAGAACGUGCUAUCGGCCGCUUGAAAGAUAAAGCGGCGCUCGUCAGAAAAGCUGCCAUACAACUGCUGAAGGUAUUCCUUGAAACUAAUCCAUUCUCUGCUCAACUCAAACUGGAAAUAUUAGAAGAGCAGUUGGCAACUGAGCAGAGGAUACUGAGUGAUAUACAGAAGAAACUUAAUACUGAACCAGAUCCGGCACUGAUAAAAAAAUGGGAAAAAAUAGAAGUUGAUGUUAUUGAUACGAUAAAGAAAAAUUUAGAUGUGCUCACGCAAGACGAACCAGAGCUCUCACAGGCCUCCUUAGAGAAUUUGUAUGAAGCCAUAAGGAAACACCUGCAGGAGAAAAAUUACUACAAAGCAUACUUGAUUGUGAAACAUACAGAAAGACAGUAUCCAGAUGCUAAGUUGCUUAGAUGCGACAUGGAAAAGACUGAUCAGAUAGACUACUUUGUUGCGCUCCUUCGGAAUGUUUACAUAAUGCCAGAUAGAAGAAAGUCAAUAACAUUGACACAACAGUGCGAGAAUGAACUAGCUUUAUACAAAAGGCUUGAAGAAAAAGAGAGUAUAGUAGCCUUCCUACAAGAAUCGGUUCAUUUUAGUAGAAUGAUAGCUGAGGCUAUACCAGUGAUAAACUCCCUUCUCAUGUCGAAGCAAGCAGGCGAUGUCAACGAAGCGAUAGAUUUUUUCACCACUGCACAUCACUUCAACAUUGAAUCCGCAAAGAUUGGCGUUGCCAAUAUGUUGCUGCUCAUAUGGUCGCCUGAUCAAGAUAAACGCGAGGCGGUGGAACGCGCGUACCGCGAGAUGUACCUGGAGUCGGAGGGUCGGACGGAGGCGCGGGCGGAGCGCGCCCGCGCCGUAAGCACCGCGCGCCGCCUGUGCACGCUGCUCGCCGCGCUCGACGUCGGCGGCGCGCUCGCGCUCGCGCACCUCUGCGACAAGUGGCUCGCCAAGGGCGACAUCACGCCCGCACUCAUACAGGUUUUUUGGGAAAUGUUCCUGAAAAGAAUCGACGGGACUACCGAUGAGGACAGCCACGCCGCAUUAUCGCUUCUUGUUAUGAUUAGUGAAGCAAAACCAACUGUAGCGCUGGCAAAUCUUGAAGUGAUUCAGACGCACGGGCUCACUGGUGACUAUCACACGAGGACGUUGUGUGCGCGACUGUUGCUUACGUUAUCCAAAAAGAACCAACGAUACCCAGCCAAUCAUUCCUUGUUCGAUACAAUCUUUGAGAGUUUAAUGGAGGCUUAUUCUAAAUUGAACAAAUUCUCGUCAUUUGCCUCAAACGCAAUCGAUACUAUUUACGCCAUUUGCGAUACUCCAGAAGUUAUUAGUUCAAAACUCUUGGCUGAGAUGUAUAAGAAAAUAGAAGAGAACAUGGUAAAAGAGAACGACGAGGAGACCAGUAUGCCGACUGAGUUGUUAAUACGUUUCGUGUUUGUGCUAGGCCAUAUUGCUUUGCAGCAACUCAUAUAUCUCGAUAUAAGCGUGUAUAGUGAGCUUCGGAGACGGAACCAGGUGCGUGAGGAUAGAAAAACUGAUGAGAAACGCAAGAAAAAGGCAGGUACAUUCGCGACACCCGGACGGCGUGCAGGCGGACGCGUGGACGACCUGCGCCGCGCCACGCUCAUGAACGUCAGCAACGCCAGCGCCUCCUCGCGGCAGCAGCGCUCCGCCAGCGUCACCUCUAACAAAGGACCAUCUGCAAACACUACAAUGACUGAGGAGGAGGCGGGUCUGGAGGGCGCCGUGGCAGAUGACGCGGACGCGGAGUAUGUACGCAGCGUGUGCGAGAGGGAUAUCGUAGGCCCUGGGACGGCGCUGUCACGAUACAUCCCGCUGCUGCGCUGGCUGCUCGCCAACCCGACCUGCGGCGGCGCUACGCUGCAGGCCGCAGCAGCACUUACCUUCACCAGAUUUAUGUUAGUUUCAAGUGCGGUGUGCGAAGACGGUUUGCAAUUAAUGGUUACAGUGCUUAAGAGAUCUAAAAAUGUGUCUCUGAGAACUAACUUAACUAUAGCAUUUGCUGAUCUUACUCUCAGGUUUCCAAACCUUACACAACCAUGGACUCAUCACAUUUAUCACAUAUUAUCUGACGAUGAAUUAGAAGUACGACAGUGUGCGGUCAAGAUGCUUUCGUUCCUCGUGCUGCACGAGAUGGUGCGCGUCAAAGGGCAGAUCGCUGACAUGGCUUUAUGCUGCGCGGAUAAGGACCCCAAGGUCGCAUCUAUGACAAAAUUGUUCUUCAAACAAUUGUCGCAGAAGGGCAAUGCGCUUUACAAUGUGAUGCCGGACAUCAUAUCGCGACUCAGCGACCCUGAUCUAAACGUACCAGAGGACCAUUAUCGAGUUAUAAUGCAAUACAUUACAUCUCUAAUUCAAAAAGAUCGUCAAAUGGAAGCGUUAGUUGAAAAACUAUGUCAAAGAUUUAAACUGUCUACUGAGGAGCGACAAUGGCGAGAUUUGGCGUACUGCCUUUCUUUGUUUACUUAUAAUGAGAGGUCAUUACGGAAACUUAUAGAAAAUCUGGACUGCUAUAAAGAUAAACUACAUAGUCAAGGUGUCAUGAAUUCAUUCAAUACUCUCAUGAGUAAUACAUCCAAAAUGGCAAAGAAUGAAAUUAAGACUCUCGUUACGGAAUUGGGCGAGAAAAUAGAAGAGUGUUUUGCAGUAAAAGAUGGCGAGGAAGGUAAUGGGGACACUGAAAUGGGCAGUGAAGGCGAAGGACUACGAACAGAUAAUGCUCCACGAGCUACGCCUCGACGAAAACCUGCGCCGAGACGCAACAGACGUCGCUCCUCCAGCAGCCCUGACGAGAAUGAAUCACCAAACACUGUAGCUACACCUUCAACAAGAAAGUCUAGUCGGAAAGCGGCAACCAGAUUCAAUAAGGCCAAUACGAACAUGUCGGAUGAAUCAGAUGAUGAUGAUUUUCAGAAAAAAGAUGGGGAUGUUUUCAAAAAGCCUACUGCCAGAAAGACGUCUCGCAGAAGAAAGCAAAUUACCUAAUAAAAUAAUUCUUAUUUAUUUUCAUUGUAUUAUAAUUGUUAGAAUUUUAGUUUUGUUAUAAUUUUGAAUCUCAUCUUAUGCCAGGUGUGAUUAAUUAUAAUGUUAAAAAAACAAGUGUACACUGUAAGUACUUUGGUAACUAAAAGCAAUAAAUAUAACGGCAGGUAAAGCAUUUA